CUGGGUCUAGAACCAGAGCUCACUGAGUGACUGUAGCACCUCACCAGCUGACUGUGGCCAGGUGUCCACAGUGCGAGGUCAGGGUCCUGGGAGUAGCUGAGUGAGGGCAAGAUAGUCUCACUGACCUUGUCCUGACCCUGGCAGCUGGGGAUCUCCAAGCUUGCCCGCCGGGAAAAAAACCCUCAGAGAGCCCAGAUGAGGCAGCAGAGACGGAAGGGCGUCAUUCCCUUUCUUGGAGUCUUUGUCGAUGACCUAACUCUGCUGCAGAAGUGGACGCAGAAUAAUGUGGCUGCCUUCAAGAUCGUCCAGCAGCUGCAGUUGCUGCAGGUGACUGCCAAUAAUUUCUGUUUUCAACCGGACAGAGAAUUCCAGUCCUGGUUCCAAACCAUGAAGCCACUGGACCAGUACAAUAUCCACAACUUCUCCUGGGAGCUGGAGCCACCAUUUGAAUAGGCCAACAACAACAUCAAGGCCAAGGAGACCUGUCCUGGGUUUGUGUCCACAUUUGAGCUACUUUUAUUUACUCUCCCCUGCCACUCCCUUACACCCCCCUGGAAUCCUGUUCAUUUACUCCGCCCUGACACUCCC